AUGGCGAACGGUAGCUCUGUUAUCUUCCCUUAUGAUCGUUUCGAUUCUCACGCAAUCCUUGAUGCACUACAAGAACAAGUCCCCACUGUCUUUGUGGGCGUUCCUAGCACGGGCGAUGAGGCUGGGGAUAAUAUCUCUCCUUUGGAAGUUGAGGAACGACUUGUGUCGCAUCCAUCAAUUAUCGAAGCUAGUGUGCUAGGGCUACUAGACGCAAAGUACGGAGAGAUCGUGGGAUGUUUUGUCAAGGCCGCCCCACAUACGAACAAACUGUCAGAUGAGGGGAUACAAGAGUGGGUGAGGCAAUCCUUAGCCUGGCAUAAGACACCGGUCCAUGUGUUCUGGAUUGGAGACACGGGUGUUGCAGAUGACUUCCCAAGAACGGGGAGUGGCAAACACCAGAAGAAUACCAUGGGAAAAAUCGGAAGGAGUCUUAUCGGCGCAGAAAGAGGCGGUUUUAUGUGA